AGGCGCAGUGGGGAAAGGCAGCGGGGGCGGCGGGCGGGCUUAGGGGAGCCGGGCUGGACGGUGGGACGGCAGUGGGGCGCGGGCCUGCAGGAGGGCGCAGACGCCGAGGAGGAGGGUACGUGCCGCUGUGUGGGCUGCUAUGGAGAAUAGUGCAAGCGAUGCUAAGGAUGCUCGGAGCACCUUGGAUGAAGAGGACAGAGGAAAUACAACUCAGCAGAAAACUCAGGAAGAAAUCCUCUUUCACGAGGAAACCAUUGAUCUUGGUGGUGAUGAGUCUGAAGGGAAUGAAACGGUAUCAGAAGAUUCAAAUAACUUUAUAGAUAAGCUUAACGAACAAAUGAUGGAGAGUGUCAUUAUUUCAGACUCUCCAAACAACAGUGAAGAUGACACCGGUGAACUUGGUUGUCUGCAGGAGAUUGUAGAGCAAAUGGAAGCUAAGGAUAAUGAAAAUACUCAAGCGGAAGUGGGUAAAGAAGAGCUUUUAAGUAAUGAGAGUGAAACUGAGCAUGAAGAGACGCCCAGAGACAUCUCUGAGAUUGGAACUGAUGAUCAGUCAUCUUUAAAGGAAGAGUCAAUUCAGGAAACAGAGAAAGAUGAACCAAAGUUGGGAAACAACAUUCCCGUUGAAACAAAGCCAAAUGGUAUUGAUGAAAGCAAACCAGAUGACCAGAUAUCAUCACCCAGUACUAGCAGACCAUCUGCUGAGGCUGAGCCUAUCCCUGUGUGUACUAUUUUCAGCCAAGCAAACAAUGCUAAUGCUCAGCCACAGUUGUUCCUGCCUGAUGGCUUCGAACCUCAGAUGGUGAAAUCUCCCAGUUUCAGUAGUGUCAUUGAGACUCCAGUGAAGUCUAAUCCACAGGUGGUUCAGCCCAGUCCUAGUCUAAGCAAGUUCUUUGGUGAUACUGUUAACACUAAUACUUUAGCUUCAGAUUUUUUUGACUCGUUUACUACAUCCAAUUUUAUUUCUGUCAGUAAUCCCAAUGCGAGCUCUUCAGUUUCAGAACAGAUGUCCUCUCUGUCAAAUGGUGGAGAAAGUUCCUGUGCUCAGUCCAACCCUACUUUCUCUGUGGGGAAUGGGAGGCCUGAAGGAAAUGGUCCUCAAGCAUCCCUAGAAACAGCGCAGUCACCCAAACCGUUCUCACAAAUCCAGGCUGUAUUUGCUGGGAGUGAUGACCCAUUUGCCACAGCCUUGAAUAUGAGUGAACUGGACAGAAGAAAUGAUGCAUGGCUUCCCAGUGAGGAAACCAGAAAUGUUCUCAUCUCAGUUGCCACACAACAAUACAGCACUGUAUUCAUAGACAAAGAGAAUCUCACCAUGCCUGGAUUAAAAUUUGAUAAUAUCCAGGGAGAUGCAGUAAAAGACUUAAUGGUCCGCUUUCUGGGGGAGCAAGCUGCAGUGAAGAGACAAGUUCUAAAUGCCAACUCUGUAGAACAGUCAUUUGUAGGCUUGAAACAGCUAAUUAGCAGUAAAAAUUGGAGGGCAGCAGUUGAUUUGUGUGGGCGUCUCUUAACUGCUCAUGGUCAAGGCUAUAAAAAAAGUGGACUACCUACAAACCAUACAACAGAUUCUUUGCAGCUGUGGUUUGUGAGACUAGCACUGCUCGUAAAACUGAAUCUCUUCCAAAAUGCAGAAAUGGAAUUUGAACCAUUUGGAAAUUUAGACCAGCCUGAUCUUUAUUAUGAAUAUUACCCUCAUGUAUACCCUGGACGAAAAGGUUCCAUGGUUCCUUUCUCGAUGCGGAUUUUACAUGCUGAACUUCCUCAGUACCUCGGUAAUCCUCAGGAAUCACUUGAUAGACUGCACAGUAUGAAGAUAAUCUGCACCAAGAUACUAGAAAAUUUGGAACAAGGCUUAGCUGAAGAUGGAAGUAUGACUAACAUUACACAGGAGAACAGACAAGCCUCUGUUCAGCUGUGGAGGUCACGUCUGGGCCGGGUGAUGUACUCCAUGGCAAACUGUCUGCUAAUGAUGAAGGAUUACGUGCUUGCUGUCGAUGCUUAUCACACUGUCAUCAAAUAUUACCCACAGCAAGAGCCUCAGAUGUUGAGUGGAAUUGGAAGGAUUUUCCUUCAGAUUGGAGACAUAAAAACUGCAGAAAAGUAUUUUCAGGAUGUUGAGAAAGUGACUCACAAAUUGGAUGGACUACAGAGCCAAAUUAUGGUUUUAAUGAACAGAGCAUUUCUCCACCUCGGUCAAAAUAAUUUUGCAGAAGCUCAUCGAUUUUUCACAGAAAUUUUAAGGAUCGACUCAUCAAAUGCUGUGGCUAAUAACAACGCUGCUGUUUGUCUUCUUUAUCUGGGAAAACUGAAGGAUUCCCUUCGCCAGUUGGAAGGAAUGGUUCAGCAGGACCCUAAACACUACCUACACGAGAGUGUUCUCUUCAACUUAACAACCAUGUACGAGUUGGAGUCAUCUCGCAGUAUGCAGAAGAAGCAGGCUCUAUUAGAGGCCGUGGCUGUUAAAGAGGGUGACAGCUUUAAUACUCAGUGUCUCAAGUUAGGUUAGAUCAUUUCCAACUAAGUAUUUCCCUGCAGGACUGAUUUUAAAAGUUGUAUAUACUCUUGCUACUGUGUAAAUGUGAAAUAAAAUCUAUUCAGUUAUAAAUAAGCAAUGGCAUUAUUGUGCUGUCUCUUAAUAAAAUCAUGUAAUUGUGAAGACUUUGUGCUGACCUACAGCCAGCUUCAUUCCUGCUUAGUUAUUCCUUGUUACAGUGCAUAUAUACAUACACUCAAUUACUCAGACUCUUAUUUUUAUAUGAAAAAAAAAGCAUUUGACCUUAUUUGUUUCGAUGACUGUUUUCCAGUAAUUAAUGAGUAAAUGACCUGAGCUAAUUUCAUCAGCUAAAAGUUACUGACAAUGUAUAUUAUGGAAAAGGCAAUUUUGAAAGCACAUUUAUUCAGUUGCUUUAAUAGCAUGUGUCAUUUCCCUCAAUCCAAAUAUUGACUACUGUACCUCUGUGUACCUAUUGCUCUCCAGUGAGGUUGUUAGAUAACCAUUGUACACAAUCACAAAGUGGUUGUUGUUGGAAGGGACCUCUGGAGAUGCCUGUCUGUCAACAGAUUGUUCAUUGUAAGUAAUUUUAGUGUUCUGUCAUCUCCUGCAUAGGUCACUUUUUCAUCUGGGGGGAUUUCUUAGAGACAGGAAGAAAUCCCAGUAUGUAACAGCCUUCGUUGUAUCCAGAGACUCAAAGCACUGAACGAGUCCAGUUAAACAGUUUUAUAAUGGCAUUUCAUUUAACAACAUAGAGAUCCCUAUGCAUUCUGCUUAAGGUCAGGUGUCUUACUACUUUGUUAUGUGAUCUUCUCACCUCUGCAACUCCUAUGACACUUGGGUAAACUUGAUUAUCCUUUUCCAGUUGUAAGUGAAAGUAGCCUCAGUCACUGUCACCCAGGAGGCAGAAGUCACUUUGCUUCUUUACAAUCAAGGGAUAAAAACACUUCCUUUGAAGCUGCAUUCAGUAGUGCCUUAAGCUCAGUGUGUGUGCAAAUAACAGUCUGUGUUCAGAUCUUGGAGAAUAAAAAUUUAUGAU